UGUGUGUGUGCUACAAGCCGGGUGGCGUGGCGUGCGUGUGCUUCUUUGUCGGCUACUGUUGUUCCGUCCGCGCUCGCAAAAAAACAUUUACAGCUUUGUAGCAGCAAGAACAGCGGCAGUAGCAGCAUUGGACUACUAUCGCUGCGAGACCACUCCGUCGCUUUUCCUUUCUCCGUGAAUACGUGUCUCUUCGGUCGCUCGUCGGCGCACCGUCUAUCGCGCGCCCGCAACCAUCCACGAGCGGCGGCGUAAUGCAACAUCCAUCCCUUGACAUCGCUGGACUGAACGCUAUCGUUGCCGACACCGACGCCACUAAUACAUCUACCAAUACGUCAUCGUUCUGCGCCGUCGGCAAUACGCUAGCCGCAGCAAUAGCCGCGUUCCCCGACCCGCGAAAACGGCGAGGUUGCUCCAUUUCUGCGCGAGGCUGUUAGCAGAGCUGCUGACCCAAAGGCUCAAGUUGUCGCGCCUGUCAUUCAGCUUACUCGUCCAUAGAGGGCGCUCUACUCUGUGCUUUGCCGGCAGAGAGCUUGUUUGCCCGCCUGCCUGCUUGUUAAUCUUUGUUGUCUCGCGGAUCGCUACGAACGGCCGCCACUCCGAUCGCUGCAAGGCCUGUCUCGGACGGAGAGUAUUGGUGGUUAGUCCCGUCUGUCGCUUACUCUACUGAUUGGUCUGACCAGCAAAGAGGUGGAUCACAGAUUUGCUCAAUAUAGAGGACAGCAGUAGCAGAAACCACCACGACAACGUUGACGGCCGCGCUAUCCUGUUGAGCUCGAUUGCGCUCUUGCCUGUCAUCGCGCACGAGACGUUUGAUGCAAACUCUCCAUGUAGCGUGCUGUGUAUCCGCAGCCCCGUAAAGCGGCGUGCUGUUGCUGCUGCCGUCGCCGCUAUCGCCAUUGUUGUUGAAAGCUCAGCUGAGGCUGCUCCCUGCUGCGCGUGUAACCUUGUUCCUCCGGCCGCAAGCACAUGUCAGCGGCCACCGGACAGCAAAAGUAGGCACUGACUAUUAUUUGUCCACUGUAAAUGCGGCAGCGCAAUAGCAGAAGAUGCAAAGGUAACAAACGAACGGCCAAACAACGUUGGUAGAACACAACAGCCUGGCCGGCCGACAGAGACAAAGAGGCGAGCAGUAGUUGAACGAGCACGACAUACGCGUCUCUAGCGUUCACUGGUCCAAACAGGGAUCUACCAGGAGGCAGCGGCUGCGAUGGCCUACCUGCGAUAGCUUUGCGACCACGCUACCAGAGCGCUCUCUGCUGUUUGCUUUUAGACUCGUCUCUAUGAUAUUCUCCUAAUAACAGUCAUACUACAACUACUACCCCAAACACGUGUAGCAGAAGACACGUUGUACCAAUCCACGUAUGUCACUGCGAGCGCCACGCCAUUGGUAUGCGACACCGUCAUCGGCAGAAGCUUGUUCUUCAUCUGACCUGCUGAUCGCUUUAUAUAGUUCUUGUGUCCUUACGGCACGGUGGCGGCCCCUUCACGUGUUUGGACAUUUUCGUCUCCAGAAUUCUAUGAAGGCGUUUCGUUAAUUUGAUUUCUUGUUAAAUACUCCCAUUAGUGUGGUUUGUUAUACUCUUUACACUCCGUGUUUUUAUCGCCGCUGUUAAUAUCGAAGCCAUCGUUAUCGUUGUUGCUCUUGUAGCCGGCGUCAUCAUUAGCAUCGUUGUAUUCGUUAGCUUCUUUGCUUUACAACUUCCUCGUGGAUGUGUUUGGUCGGAACAGAACCCCUGGCCUGUGGCCCAUCUGUGCGUAUGUGGUGUAUUGCGUGUAUGCGUGAAACUCAAGAAAUUUCGACUCCUUUAGCACCGCAUAAGUCGCGAAAGGCGUCACCGUGCGCGAAAGCUGGAUCGUAGACGACAUUGUCGCAGGCGGGACGUUCUUGAUCCCGUUCAGUCGCUGCUAAUCCUGGGGCGUCUCCGAGGAAAUAGAGGAAAGUCGCCGAGCGGCUAUGCAAUCCGGUUUAGCCUGCCAGGUAGCAGUAGCAUUAAGUGUCUGCUGUUGCUAUUUCAACAUCUACAAGAGCGACUUACAUUGCUAACUUACACGCGCUCGUUUGACCGACUCUGCCGUUGGCUAUACAGAUUAGCCCGCUGGAAUCCACUCUAUCAGUAGGAGGUUGACACUUGUCAACGGACCGUAGAACAACGUGGACAAUUUUGUGAAUGAGUAGCUAUUGCAGUUGUUGCAUCGUGGCCUACCGUAUUUGAGCCAGCUAAACGAAGUAAAGCAAAAAAAAACAUAGUAUUAACACCAUCGACCAGUAGUUUGUGUUGCGUACGUGUACCAAACAAAAGUCAUUAUAACUAACGCUACACUUGGAUCUUUGAGUACAUUUCUAGUGUGUGAUAAAGUAAAAAGAAAAGCAGGCGACAAACACCGGAGGGGGGGGGGGGUGAUCUCUGGUGGGUCCAUUACUACGACGAGGUGAAAUCGAACAGGAGAACCGCGGGCUCGGAGGCUCUGGAGGGCCCCGAGAUGAUGCCCGCCCAAGACACAGUCUGUCGAUUACCGAUCGGGAAGGAUCGACUUUUUCCGUUUGACGAUGUGCUGGACGGAUUGUCGCAGCUAACAAACACAGAUGAUUUCUCGCUAUUCGAACUACCCCCGACGGUACCGUCAGGUUCCUCGUCGACAUCGGCGGGGGCUAUGGGGCCUCUGCAGGGGCCAUCAACACAAAGCGGCACCGAUCCUUCGUCCGGAGCCGGCGGCAGCCUUCCGUCAGCGAGUGAAAUAGAUGGCCUGUGGUCACCACCGUUAGCAUCAUCCUGCCGAGCCGAACUCGCCUCAGUGGUCAAAAGUGAGUCUUCGUCAUGCGAGUUCUUCACCGAAAAUGAUCUCAAGGCGCUCGCAAAGGAUCGCCAAAAGAAGGACAACCAUAAUAUGAUCGAAAGGCGUCGGAGGUUCAACAUCAACGAUCGGAUAAAAGAGUUGGGCACGUUGCUGCCACGCAACAAUGACCGCCACUAUGAUCUGGUUCGGGAUAUUCGGCAAAAUAAGGGUACGAUCCUCAAGGCGACAGUGGACUAUGUGAAGACGUUGAAACGAGAAAAUGAUCGAAUGCUCGCCGUUGAGGAAAGGCAAAAAUACCUUGAAAAUCAGAACAAACAAUUGCUGAUUCGAAUUCACCAACUUGAGGUACAGCUGGCGAAUAGCCGAGGCGGACCAGGGGGCACAGUCGCUACCGCAGCUUCGGAUCGGUGCCCCUCCCCUACGCCAUCACCGUGGACAUCGGAAUUCUAUGUCAAACGAGAGCCUUCCCCAGGACACGAGCCAAGCAGUCCGUCAUCUGGCUUGGGUAGCUCAAGUCCAGGGACGACGUGUACUUUGCUCACCGGCCCAUACGAAGACAUGAUUGUGGCAGAAGAUGGUCCCGACCCUUUGUUGUCCUCUUUAAUCAACUGACGAAUAAGUUAUGUAUAAAAUGCAUCUAUUUAAGCAUUCUAUACGUUUUGCUACGGAGCUACUACUAUUAGUCUUGCUCAGACCAGCACGGUCCUGCACAGCCUAGGCCAGUCUAUAGUUGAAAAAUGUACAUAGUUGUCCAAAGGGUAGGCAGAUGCGUGAAUCAGCUAGUCGUCUUCAUCAUUUUACGAAAUCGAUCCAGAGCACAAAUACAUAUCAUUAUACGAUAUAAAGAUUCAGUGCACACAAUAUACAGAGCGGAAAUGUCGCUUUCAGUGGGCUCAGAAACCCUACUGCUAAGUUUAAAUAUUUUGAUUUAUAAACAUAUAUAUACAUGCAUACAUACAUAUUUACAGAAAUACAUAAACAGGUUAUUGGUUUUUGCUAUAUCUACAAUAGAGACUGCCUGUCAUUUAGCUUGAUAAACAUGAAGAAGGAAGAGAAAGCGACUAAAAGAAAAGUCUGAACGAGCGAAAAUCCGGUGCGAUAAUAACUCAGUCGUAGUAUAACUCAAUACGAUGUUCCAGUAGUUCUUUCAGGAAUCUAAAAGAAACAAAAUGCUUCUGAUACUGGCAAUUAUGUCCAAUCCGGAUACGAUGAAUAGCUAAACUUAAUAUUGUCUAUUGAGUUUGCUGGCCUGGUAGCAAAGCUCUUUUCGAUAGAAAGUGGCUUCGGCAUUGACAUAAAAACGGGCCUAAAGCGCGAGAAAGUAUCACUCCAAAAUAAAGAAAACUAUAUUACUUUCAUUCACGUGCAAGAUGACGGGUUCAUCGUUACCUGUUUAGCGUCUCCUUGACGCUAAUUACAGUAAAUGCUUCGAGAUGCCUUUUAAGGCCGUCGUUCAACCUACGGCUCGAACACACACGAAUGACCGUUCAUUAACUUCCAUGAGUUCUCCGCCAUCGAGAAAUGAUAACCUACCCCGAUAUAUAGUUGGAGUACGAAAUAGACGCUUUUUACCCUCGUCGCUUAUCAUUGCUUUCAGCCGUAACAUACACAUUCACACACUGUUUCAGCAGCCAUUUGAGAGGUGGCCGACUUUCAUUAUCAUCAGACAUAUUGCGAUGAAAAUACAAAUUCACCUUCAACUUAAUGCAGCAGCGUCAGCAUUAUAAAAAUUUAUAGUCUAAAUAAAUUAAGAAAUUUAUUAUCUAAACUUUGAAGCCAUUAAUUGCGUACACGUAAAAACCGCUAGCUAAAAAUUCAUUACAAGUCUGUUGUUUUUUUUCCGAUUACCUUUGCUAUAUUAUACUUCGAUUAUAUAUAUAAUUGGAUUGUUUCAGGUCGAUUUAAUUGGGGUUCCAAAUCGUUUUGCUUCGUAUACAAUUUACUAUGGUCGUGUACAAAACAACUGCUCGUCGGUUUAUCUUAUAGUAAGAUUUGUACUAGGGUCCCUAUUCUGGCAAAUGUCCACCUAGCAGCAGACCUCUAUUAGUGGACAAAGAUCGCUUGUUGACUAUGAGCUGUACAGUAGAUGAUUGUGAUCAUCUGCUACACGCAGGAAACAAGGAAAAACGGAUUCAUUCCACGUACUCACGUCGGUACGAUCAUUACUAAUAGUAUUACUAGUAUAUUUCCAUUGUUAUAUUUAAUUCAUUAAGCAGAUAGAUACACACAGAGCUGUACCCUGCGACAUAAGCAUUGAUGGCUGGCUGCAUCUGGCUAAGAGCGCCGGUCUGACGAAAAAACGUUGUAAAUCUGCACGUGCCUAAAAGCCGUCAAAAAUUAAAUAGCAAAAGAGAGAAAGAGGGCGUUAGGGGCUUUAAAAUACGCUGGCGGUGCGCCAAAAAUAAAGUGCGCCGAAUACGCGCAUCUAAUAACAAUUUCGUAUAGCAGCACAAAAGCCGAGGACAAUUAUGAUAAUGAUAACAAUAGUUUAUCUAGUUCGCUCGACGGUUCUGUAAGGCUCUAGAGCGCCGUCGGCGCGGCUCAUAACAACAGCAAAGGAGAAACCAAGUUCAAUUUCGUGCGUCAAUGACGUUAGGUCUUUCUUGCUUCCUGGCCUACUAAAGCAUAUACCACCUGUUAGUACGAAUACACUUGGUAAUUGAGUAGGCCCUUGGGAUUCUGCUUCUGGAACCAUAGAGGGUGCUAUAGAAUAUAUUUUAAUUUUCAUACGCUCGUGGAAACUGAGUACCCGUUAAUUAGGGGAGCUUUACUUUGUAGAUUACAGUAUACACAAUUCCUCCUUCUAUUUAUUCUGUUUAUUUAAUUAUAAGCACUUUGCUACUACAUUCAAACGACAGAGACGGCGACAAUAUAACGGCGCAUGCCUUCAAAAUCUCGUUACUGUACUGUAUUAUAAAAUAUACAUUCGAAGGAAACAUCAUUAAAACACAACAAGCACAGAGCUCGAGACACAAAGUAUUUGAUAGAAAUAAACAAAAUAAGGCACUGAUUAUUAUCGACUGUCACCUUUUCGAUAGAAAACUAACGCUAUCGUUUAAAAGUCAAAUGGCUGUUCAAUAGAAAUUAUAAUGGCCACAAAGGCGUCUCAAAGUUGUACUAAAUAACAAAAGUACACUCUAACCCAAUGCUGUGUAUCAAACAAUAAAUACCCCCAUCGUGAAAGGCACACGUAAAUAUAUAUAUAUACAUACAUACGAGAUACCGCCCCUAUCUAUGCGGAUAGGCACUGUUUCAUCGCGAAACUAUAGUUAUUCAAUGUAGAACAUCAAUGAAAGUAAAAAUAUAGAUGUCAACUUAUUGAGGCAAUCUGUCCCCGAACGGGUUGAAAUGAAGUAGAUCUAUGUUUUUCUUAUGUCGAAAACGUUUUGAUGAAUGAUGUUGCUAUGACGGCAGAAAAAAGUAUAUGACAUGAACUAAGAAUACCGGCAUGCGUGUCUUCUUUUUUUUUUUGUAAGCCAGUCAAAGUUCGCAUGAAACAUUGACGACAAUUGAUAUACACAUAUGUGUCAGAUAAGUCUCUGUGAUUUCUUCUGUAAGUAAAACAUGAAUUAUGCAGCCGAUUGUUUUAUUUUAGUUAACAUUUCUCCAGGCUGAUUUUUAAUUAGAAGCAACUGCGCCGAGCGCCUCAUGCGAGAUAGUAAUAAAUAAAAACAGAGACGAUUUCUUUCAUUCAUUCCUCGAUUCUACCGUAAAUUGAAAAUAAAUUAUCCAACGCUCCCGGGAAGCCUUAUUCUUCCAUGGUAGAAUCAUCGAGAAUGAGCUCAUUGACAUCAACAAAAGUUGUCAAAAUCUCUCUCAUGGGGCGCCUGGCGUGCUUACUUGUAUCAAAAAGUCGUCGAAGAACUGAGACGUAUAUUCAUUCAAUAGCGGACAAUUUUUUUGCCUUUCUGCACUCCCUGUAUAGCUAAACCUGCUAUUAUUUGCUUAGCAAUACACGCUAGUCUAUAGCACAUAGUAUAUAUACACAUAGU